AUGGCUAGAGAGAGAGAGAGAGAGAGAGCGGGUAAAGAGACCCGGACUCAGAAUGGAGCCAUUGAUCUAAAGUGGCUGGAGAUAAAGCCCGGAGCGGGAGUUGGGGAGAGGAGUGGGCCGAUGGGGGGGAAAGCCACUCAUCUUCUGCAGCCCUGCCCCCACCACCUUCCUGCUCCACUCCACUCAGUGUGCAGGAGCAUGAGGUCAGUCGGGUUUCUCCUGGCAGUGAACCCAAAGAAAGCUGCCGAUCCAGACGGAGUACCUGGCAAGGUGCCCAUAGCGAGCGCCUACCAGCUUACCCCCACCUUCGGUGAGAUCUACAACCUCUCCCUAGACCAGGCAUUCAUCCUACGCAGCCCCAAAUCAGCUUCAAUAAUCCCAGAGUCGAAGAAGGCUCCCAUCACCAGCCUGAACGAUUACCAUACGAACUUCGAGAGACAGGUUCUUCAACACAUCAAGGACUAUGAUGACCAGGACCUUGACCCUCACGGUAAACUGUCAGCCCCAAAUGCUAAAACUGUUGACAAAAAAGGCAGCAUCAGCUCCGAGCGAACAGCAUCAGCACAGGUCACCGAUUCCCCGAAAUCAUUUUGGAACCGGGAGCGUGCAGGCAAAGAGAAACAAAGAGAGAUUGCCGAUCACAAUUUACUGAAUGAAAGCCUGAGCAGCUCUUGGAAGCAGAGCUGGUUGGAAAGAAGCCACCGGCAGGUUCAGAGCACAUCCAAGGAGUCCUUGGCAGGCAGAGCUAUGAAGCUGGCUAAAGAGACUAAAGCUGGAGACAGAACCGCUGACGCUGCCAACAAGGUCGGUGAUUGGAUGGAGGCUCUGCUGGUGGAGCUGUGGUCACAGUGGACACGCUGUCCUGUGCCCCGGCCAUCAGACACACACGGGCAAAGACAAAAGGAGGAGCUGACCACAUCCGGCUGUGAGGGUGAGGGCAGCGGCACAGGACAGAUCGAGCCAGAAUUCAUUCACUCAGUCAAACAGUUGGCAAGAGUUUCUGGUCAUUUCACCUUCGAUUUGGGGAAAAUCAGCAGAUCACCCUGCUACAGCCGUCUGAGGAAGGGUUUACUGAGGAAUGGGAAUUCUGCCUGGAAAUGGGGCCACUGCAGCUCACAUGAGGAGGAGGCUAAAGAGGAGAAGGAAGAGGAGGACCCUAUUGCCACACCUCACUACUCUUCUAAAUCAGGGAUCAGUGAACAAAAAACGCCUGAGAGCUUUGUUCAGUCACAGGAUGAAGAGCGAAAAAUGAAGGUUAGGGUGAUUAAGGAUCAAGAUGGGAAUGUUCUGACAGAUGCCACAGGUGUGAUAGAGAGGUGGAAGGCAUAA